AUGCAGGGGCAUCGACGGCUGGUCGAGUUGGAGCAGGUCACCAAAGCUCCGAAGAUGCAGUGGGUCGAACAUCUGCAUUCCCAGGCGGCAGCUGGAGAGUGCACUGGGCUCUUACGUGAUGAUCUGGAGUGGACUCGCCAAUACCAUCCCGCUGGCAGAAGAAGGCUAGAUGAGAAAACAAAUCAGCUCGAGAGAAUUGCCGUGCCACCAGCAUCAGAAGCCGCGAAUACUGCAGAAUCCCUAUCUCAGGCCCCCGAUACGCAGUUAGAGAUACGUGCUAGACCACCAGCAGCCUCAGUGGUAUCUUUUGCAGAAUGGCCUGAUGAGUGCUCUAAUGAGAAGUUGGAUGUAGAUGAUGAGCCACCAGAAGACUCAGUAGAAACUAUUAGAGAAUGGGCUGAUGAGCGCUCUAAUGAGAAGUUGGAUAUAGAUGAUGAGCCACCACCAGACUCAGUAGAAACCAUUAGAGAAUGGGCUGAUGAGCGCUCUAAGGGGAAGUUGGAUAUAGAUGAUGAGCCACCACCAGACUCAGUAGAAACUAUUAGAGAAUGGGCUGAUGAGUGCUCUAAUGAGAAGUUGGAUAUAGAUGAUGAGCCACCACCAGACUCAGUAGAAACUAUUAGAGAAUGGGCUGAUGAGCGCUCUAAUGAGAAGUUGGAUAUAGAUGAUGAGCCACCAGCAGACUCAGUAGAAACUAUUAGAGAAUGGGCUGAUGAGCGCUCUAAUGAGAAGUUGGAUAUAGAUGAUGAGCCACCACCAGACUCAGUAGAAACUAUUAGAGAAUGGGCUGAUGAGCGCUCUAAUGAGAAGUUGGAUAUAGAUGAAGAGCCACCAGCAGACUCAGUAGAAACUAUUAGAGAAUGGGCUGAUGAGCGCUCUAAUGAGAAGUUGGAUAUAGAUGAUGAGCCACCACCAGACUCAGUAGAAACUAUUAGAGAAUGGGCUGAUGAGCGAUCUAAUGGAAAGUUGGAUAUAGAUGAUGAGCCAUCACCAGACUCAGUAGAAACUAUUAGAGAAUGGGCUGAUGAGCGCUCUAAUGAGAAGUUGGAUAUAGAUGAUGAGCCACCAGCAGACUCAGUAGAAACUAUUAGAGAAUGGGCUGAUGAGCGCUCUAAUGAGAAGUUGGAUAUAGAUGAUGAGCCACCAGCUGACUCAGUAGAAACAAUUAGAGAAUGGGCUGAUGAGCGCUCUAAUGGGAAGUUGGAUAUAGAUGAUGAGCCACCACCAGACUCAGUAGAAACUAUUAGAGAAUGGGCUGAUGAGCGCUCUAAUGAGAAGUUGGAUAUAGAUGAUGAGCCACCACCAGACUCAGUAGAAACUAUUAGAGAAUGGGCUGAUGAGCGCUCUAAUGAGAAGUUGGAUAUAGAUGAUGAGCCACCAGCAGACUCAGUAGAAACUAUUAGAGAAUGGGCUGAUGAGCGCUCUAAUGGGAAGUUGGAUAUAGAUGAUGAGCCACCAGCAGACUCAGUAGAAACUAUUAGAGAAUGGGCUGAUGAGCGCUCUAAUGGGAAGUUGGAUAUAGAUGAUGAGGCACCAACAGCCUCAGUAGAAACUAUUAGAGAAUGGGCUGAUGAGCGCUCUAAUGGGAAGUUGCAUAUAGAUGAUGAGCCACCAGCAGACUCAGUAGAAACUAUUAGAGAAUGGGCUGAUGAGCGCUCUAAUGAGAAGUUGGAUAUAGAUGAAGAGCCACCAGCAGACUCAGUAGAAACUAUUAGAGAAUGGGCUGAUGAGCGCUCUAAUGAGAAGUUGGAUAUAGAUGAUGAGCCACCAGCAGACUCAGUAGGAACUAUUAGAGAAUGGGCUGAUGAGCGCUCUAAUGGGAAGUUGGAUAUAGAUGAUGAGCCACCAGCAGACUCAGUAGAAACUAUUAGAGAAUGGGCUGAUGAGCCCUCUAAUGGGAAGUUGGAUAUAGGUGAUGAGCCACCAGCAGACUCAGUACAAACUAUUAGAAAAUGGGCUGAUGAGCGCUCUAAUGGGAAGUUGGAUAUAGGUGAUGAGCCACCAGCAGACUCAGUAGAAACAAUUAGAGAAUGGGCUGAUGAGCGGUCUAAUGGGAAGUUGGAUAUAGAUGAUGAGCCACCACCAGACUCAGUAGAAACUAUUAGAGAAUGGGCUGAUGAGCGCUCUAAUGAGAAGUUGGAUAUAGAUGAUGAGCCACCACCAGACUCAGUAGAAACUAUUAGAGAAUGGGCUGAUGAGCACUCUAAUGGGAAGUUGGAUAUAGAUGAUGAGCCACCACCAGACUCAGUAGACACUAUUAGAGAAUGGGCUGAUGAGCGCUCUAAUGGGAAGUUGGAUAUAGAUGAUGAGCCACCAGCAGACUCAGUAGACACUAUUAGAGAAUGGGCUGAUGAGCGCUCUAAUGAGGAGUUGGAUAUAGAUGAUGAGCCACCAGCAGACUCAGUAGAAACUAUUAGAGAAUGGGCUGAUGAGCGCUCUAAUGAGGAGUUGGAUAUAGAUGAUGAGCCACCACCAGACUCAGUAGACACUAUUAGAGAAUGGGCUGAUGAGCGCGCUAAUGAGAAGUUGGAUAUAGAUGAUGAGCCACCAGCAGACUCAGUAGAAACUAUUAGAGAAUGGGCUGAUGAGCGCUCUAAUGAGAAGUUGGAUAUAGAUGAUGAGCCACCAGCAGACUCAGUAGAAACUAUUAGAGAAUGGGCUGAUGAGCGCUCUAAUGAGAAGUUGGAUAUAGAUGAUGAGCCACCACCAGAUUCAGAUAUAGAUGAUGAGCCACCACCAGACUCAGUAGAAACUAUUAGAGAAUGGGCUGAUGAGCGCUCUAAUGAGAAGUUGGAUAUAGAUGAUGAGCCACCACCAGACUCCGUAGAAACUAUUAGAGAAUGGGCUGAUGAGCGCUCUAAUGAGAAGUUGGAUAUAGAUGAUGAGCCAUCACCAGACUCAGUAGAAACUAUUAGAGAAUGGGCUGAUGAGCGCUCUAAUGAGAAGUUGGAUAUAGAUGAUGAGCCACCAGCAGACUCAGUAGAAACUAUUAGAGAAUGGGCUGAUGAGCGCUCUAAUGAGAAGUUGGAUAUAGAUGAUGAGCCACCAGCUGACUCAGUAGAAACAAUUAGAGAAUGGGCUGAUGAGCGCUCUAAUGGGAAGUUGGAUAUAGAUGAUGAGCCACCACCAGACUCAGUAGAAACUAUUAGAGAAUGGGCUGAUGAGCGCUCUAAUGAGAAGUUGGAUAUAGAUGAUGAGCCACCACCAGACUCAGUAGAAACUAUUAGAGAAUGGGCUGAUGAGCGCUCUAAUGAGAAGUUGGAUAUAGAUGAUGAGCCACCAGCAGACUCAGUAGAAACUAUUAGAGAAUGGGCUGAUGAGCGCUCUAAUGGGAAGUUGGAUAUAGAUGAUGAGCCACCAGCAGACUCAGUAGAAACUAUUAGAGAAUGGGCUGAUGAGCGCUCUAAUGGGAAGUUGGAUAUAGAUGAUGAGGCACCAACAGCCUCAGUAGAAACUAUUAGAGAAUGGGCUGAUGAGCGCUCUAAUGGGAAGUUGCAUAUAGAUGAUGAGCCACCAGCAGACUCAGUAGAAACUAUUAGAGAAUGGGCUGAUGAGCGCUCUAAUGAGAAGUUGGAUAUAGAUGAAGAGCCACCAGCAGACUCAGUAGAAACUAUUAGAGAAUGGGCUGAUGAGCGCUCUAAUGAGAAGUUGGAUAUAGAUGAUGAGCCACCAGCAGACUCAGUAGGAACUAUUAGAGAAUGGGCUGAUGAGCGCUCUAAUGGGAAGUUGGAUAUAGAUGAUGAGCCACCAGCAGACUCAGUAGAAACUAUUAGAGAAUGGGCUGAUGAGCCCUCUAAUGGGAAGUUGGAUAUAGGUGAUGAGCCACCAGCAGACUCAGUACAAACUAUUAGAGAAUGGGCUGAUGAGCGCUCUAAUGGGAAGUUGGAUAUAGGUGAUGAGCCACCAGCAGACUCAGUAGAAACAAUUAGAGAAUGGGCUGAUGAGCGGUCUAAUGGGAAGUUGGAUAUAGAUGAUGAGCCACCACCAGACUCAGUAGAAACUAUUAGAGAAUGGGCUGAUGAGCGCUCUAAUGAGAAGUUGGAUAUAGAUGAUGAGCCACCACCAGACUCAGUAGAAACUAUUAGAGAAUGGGCUGAUGAGCACUCUAAUGGGAAGUUGGAUAUAGAUGAUGAGCCACCACCAGACUCAGUAGACACUAUUAGAGAAUGGGCUGAUGAGCGCUCUAAUGGGAAGUUGGAUAUAGAUGAUGAGCCACCAGCAGACUCAGUAGACACUAUUAGAGAAUGGGCUGAUGAGCGCUCUAAUGAGGAGUUGGAUAUAGAUGAUGAGCCACCAGCAGACUCAGUAGAAACUAUUAGAGAAUGGGCUGAUGAGCGCUCUAAUGAGGAGUUGGAUAUAGAUGAUGAGCCACCACCAGACUCAGUAGACACUAUUAGAGAAUGGGCUGAUGAGCGCGCUAAUGAGAAGUUGGAUAUAGAUGAUGAGCCACCAGCAGACUCAGUAGAAACUAUUAGAGAAUGGGCUGAUGAGCGCUCUAAUGAGAAGUUGGAUAUAGAUGAUGAGCCACCAGCAGACUCAGUAGAAACUAUUAGAGAAUGGGCUGAUGAGCGCUCUAAUGAGAAGUUGGAUAUAGAUGAUGAGCCACCACCAGAUUCAGAUAUAGAUGAUGAGCCACCACCAGACUCAGUAGAAACUAUUAGAGAAUGGGCUGAUGAGCGCUCUAAUGAGAAGUUGGAUAUAGAUGAUGAGCCACCACCAGACUCCGUAGAAACUAUUAGAGAAUGGGCUGAUGAGCGCUCUAAUGAGAAGUUGGAUAUAGAUGAUGAGCCACCACCAGUCUCAGUAGAAACUAUUAGAGAAUGGGCUGAUGAGCGCUCUAAUGCAAAGUUGGAUAUAGAUGAUGAGCCACCAGCAGACUCAGUAGAAACUAUUAGAGAAUGUGCUGAUGAGAGCUCUAAUGGGAAGUGGGAUAUAGAUGAUGAGCCACCAGCAGACUCAGUAGAAACUAUUAGAGAAUGGGCUGAUGAGCGCUCUAAUGAGAAGUUGGAUAUAGAUGAUGAGCCACCAGCAGACUCAGUAGAAACUAUUAGAAAAUGGGCUGAUGAGCGCUCUAAUGGGAAGUUGGAUAUAGAUGAUGAGCCACCAGCAGACUCAGUAGAAACUAUUAGAGAAUGGGCUGAUGAGCGCUCUAAUGAGAAGUUGGAUACAGAUGAUGAGCCACCAGCAGACUCAGUAGAAACUAUUAGUGAAUGGGCUGAUGAGCGCUCUAAUGGGAAGUUCUAUAUAGAUGAUGAGCCACCACCAUACUCAGUAGAAACUAUUAGAGAAUGGGCUGAGGAGCGCUCUAAUGAGAAGUUGGAUAUAGAUGAUGAGCCACCACCAGACUCAGUAGAAACUAUUAGAGAAUGGGCUGAUGAGCGCUCUAAUGGGAAGUUGGAUAUAGAUGAUGAGCCACCACCAGACUCAUUAGAAACUAUUAGAGAAUGGGCUGAUGAGUGCUCUAAUGAGAAGUUGGAUAUAGAUGAUGAGCCACCAGCAGACUCAGUAGAAACUAUUAGAGAAUGGGCUGAUGAGCGCUCUAAUGGGAAGUUGGAUAUAGAUGAUGAGCCACCAGCAGACUCAGUAGAAACUAUUAGAGAAUGGGCUGAUGAGAGCUCUAAUGGGAAGUUGGAUAUAGAUGAUGAGCCACCAGCAGACUCAGUAGAAACUAUUAGAGAAUGGGCUGAUGAGCGCUCUAAUGGGAAGUUGGAUAUAGAUGAUGAGCCACCAGCAGACUCAGUAGAAACUAUUAGAGAAUGGGCUGAUGAGAGCUCUAAUGGGAAGUUGGAUAUAGAUGAUGAGCCAACAGCAGACUCAGUAGAAACUAUUAGAGAAUGGGCUGAUGAGCGCUCUAAUGAGAAGUUGGAUAUAGAUGAUGAGCCACCAGCAGACGCAGUAGAAACUAUUAGAGAAUGUGCUGAUGGGCGCUCUAAUGAGGAAUGUUUGGAAGCCACCUCUACCUUUGCAGCAUAUUGUCGUUUUAGAGCUGCUCUUAGUUGUGGCCCUAUGAAACUAACGCCCUUAAAAACAAGACCAUUUCCGAUCAAAACAGCUUUUAUCGUUACAGGCCCACCGAAGAAGAGGGCCUUUACUCAACGGAAGGUGUGUCCUAUUAAGGCGGCCUUCAUAGUCACAGGCCCGCCAAAGAUAAAAGCAUUUACUCCAAAGAAGGUCUGUCCCAUUAAAGCAUCCUUUUGUGUUACGGAACCACCGAAGAAGAAGGCAUUCACUUGUAAAUUGCUUGUACCAAGUUAA